AUCAAAAUGUGAGUGGACGGUGCAUUGGUAUCAACAUGAUUUUAUGUAAAUGUUGCUUCUUCGAAUAUAAUUUAGUUUGAAGAUAAUUAAGCGAUAACUGAUAAAAUACAAAAUUGAUUAAAACAUCAUUUAGUCGGCAGUUAAGUGUUGCCCUGGUCACUAUGGGUUCCAACAUAUUGAUCCCGAUAUUUGCUUGUCUCUUGCUGGGGGCCGUGGCAGUACCCCCCGAACUGGAAUUCAUGGCCAGAUCUGUAGUCAAAGAUCGUAGCACCAACCUGGACGACCCAAAAUACCGCCUGACUGACGUUGUACAGCCAAAAGACAUGUAUGUGGAUCUGGAUGUGUAUUUGCAAGAAGCCAGAUUCAACGGCUUUGUACGUCUGGACGUACAGACACGUGAAGAGAAUCUACGUCAUAUCGUGAUGCAUCAAAAAGUAGUUUCCAUACAGACAGUGAACGUGGUGGAUUCAGUUGGUAGGCCCGUCAACCUCCAAUUCCCUGAUCCCUACACAACUGAUGACUAUUAUGAGAUCCUCAGCAUCAACUUCGCCGAUCCUCUCCCUAUUGGGAACUACAGCAUCAGCAUCCGCUAUCAGGGCGCCAUGAACUUGAACCAGUUAGAAAAUGGUUUCUACAGGGGAUACUAUUUCCUAAACAACGAGAUUCGGUACUAUGCAACCACGCAAUUUCAGCCCUAUCAUGCCAGGAUGGCCUUCCCGUGCUUCGACGAGCCACAGUUCAAGUCAAGAUUCAUUAUCUCUAUCACACGUGACCCCAGCCUCAGUCCAUCCUACUCAAACAUGCCCAUUGCUCUCACAUCGACGGUCGGUGAACGACUACGUGAAACAUUCUUUGCAACUCCAAUCGUCUCUGCCUACCUUGUCGCGUUUACUGUAAGUGACUUCGUGGAAACAAAUUACACUCACACUAACACGAGACCCUUCGGGAUAGUCUCUCGUCCAGGAGUAACCAACCAACAUCUUUACGCUGCCGAAACCGGAUUAGCUAUUACCAAUGUGAUGGAUGAUUACUUUGGCAUCGAUUACAAUGACAUGGGACAGGGACAGCCCAUGAAGAAUGACCACUUAGCGAUCCCCGAUUUUGCAGCUGGAGCUAUGGAAAACUGGGGUAUGGUUAAUUACAGGGAAGCUUAUCUACUUUACGACGAGAACCACACAAACCUUAUCAACAAAAUUUUCAUUUCCACUUUAAUGGCCCACGAGCUCGCACACAAGUGGUUUGGCAAUUUAGUCACUUGCUUCUGGUGGAGUAACCUUUGGCUCAAUGAGUCCUUUGCCAGCUUAUUCGAAUACUUCAGUGUUCAUGAGGCUAAUCCUUCAUUGGAGUUAGAUGACCAAUUUGUCGUAGAUCAAGUGCACAGCGCAUUGGAUUCUGACUCUUUCGAAACAACUGCAAUGAAUUUCUCGGAGGUUGACAGCAACCCAUCAAUUUCAUCUCACUUCAGUGUCACGAGUUAUGCCAAAGGAGCUUCAGUUUUGAGAAUGAUGGAGCAUUUCCUAGGUCCACGCUGUUUCAGAAUGGGAUUGAGAUAUUAUUUAAGAGAAAACGCUUACGGUAUAGGCACUCCUCAAAAAUUAUACGAUGCUUUGAGAAGAGCCGCUGCGGAGGAUAUGGAAUUCAGAAAACUCUACCCGAAUGUAGAUGUGGGCGCAAUUCUCGACAAUUGGGUCCAGAAUCCUGGGUCUCCUGUGGUCAAUGUACAUGUUAAUAUGUCAACUGGUCUCAUUACGCUUACUCAGGAAAGAUUCUACGCAUCGCCAACCGAGUGGGUUCCAAAUACUCGUUGGCAUAUUCCAAUCACAUGGACUCACAGUGGAAACUUCAGCUUUCAAAAUACUAGACCUAGCUUUAUCUUUAGUGGCGAUUCACAUACAAUUCAGAACACACCAGGCCACAACUUUGUGAUCCUCAACAUUGCACAGUCAGGUCUAUAUCGUGUAAAUUAUGAUGACCAUAAUUGGGAAAUGAUUGCUGCUUUUCUCAGACGAAACAACAACAACAGAUUGACUGUCCAUAAAUUGAACAGAGCUCAGAUCGUCAAUGACGUCCUUUACUUCAUCAGGGCUGGAAAGAUUGACAUUGAUAGGGCAUUUGAUGUGUUGUCGUUCCUGAGUUUUGAAACUGAUUACUAUGUUUGGGCUGGUGCUAUUAGUCAACUUAACUGGAUUAGAAGCAGAAUGGAACAUCUGCCGAAAGCACAUGAACUGUUCACUAGAUACAUGUUGCAACAGAUGACUACUGUUAUCAAUCAUCUCGGAUACGAUGAGAGGAGCACUGACUCUACGUCGACGAUUUUGAAUCGAAUGCAGAUCAUGAACCUGGCCUGCAACCUCGGACAUGCUGGCUGCAUCAGCGAUAGUCUCCGUAAAUGGAACAGCUUCAAACAGAACUCUAGCAAUUUAGUGCCAGUGAACCAGCGCCGCUAUGUCUACUGCGUUGGUCUCAGAGAAGGCGACUCUUCAGACUAUGAUUUCCUUAUGCAGCGCUACAUGACUUCGGAGAACGCUGCGGACAUGGUGGUCAUGCUGCGGGCUCUCGCUUGCACCAAAAAUACCACUUCCUUAAACCACUACCUUCACCAGACCCUCAUCAACGACAGAAUCCGUCUUCAUGACAGAACUAAUGCCUUUGCCUUCGCUCUACAAGGAAACAGGGAAAACUUGGAUACUGUUCUCGAAUUCCUCUUUGAACACUUCGCUGCGAUUAGGGAAGCACAUGGUGGUGAAUCGCAAUUCAUAAUGAACCUGCUCAAUAUAGUAGAUUUUUUGACGAACUUCGCAGAUAUUGAAAGAUUCAGAACGUGGGUGAAUCAAAAUCAACUGGCAUUGGGUAGCAGUUUCUUCAUGGCCUUUGGAGUCGUCAAUUUAGCAAUGGACCAACUAACCUGGGGCAGCGAGAAUGCUCUGGCGAUCCAUACCUCCGUGUUAGCCAGAAGUUCAGCAGCUACUGUUACAACGCCCCUGAUGCUGCUAUUAGCUUUGUUGGCCAUACACUUUAUACGUUAAUUUAGGCUGAGUUUUUUUUUUGUUUUACUAUUAUAAUGACUGUACGUUUUGAAAUAGUGUAGGAACUUUUUUGUUUGUUAUACUCUAAUUUGUUGCAUCACCAGCUUUGUUGAUCAUCUAACAUAAUAUUUUGAACGGAAGGCAUUUUAUGGUUGCUUUGUUACAGAAAAAUAAAUAUUGUGUAUUAAUGCUUGUGUGCUACUUUUCUUAGAACCUUUGUGAGAAUUGAGUUUCAGUCUUUCUAGAUAAACAAAUUACAGAUUCAGAUUCUCUAACUUAUCAAUAGUGGAUAUGUGAUAAUUUAACCUAAGAAGAAUUAGUUGUGGGCAGAAGCAAGUUACAAAGGAAAGUUCAAAAUAGUCUUUUUACAGUGCUAUAGCUUGUACAGGUUGAAGUUGUUAAUUAUUUUUAUGUUUUGGCUCUUUUUGGGGACAUCCUGUUUAAGGUAGUUAUUCCACAGAAAUAAUUAGGUACAUUAUUUAAAAGCUCCUCAUUUAUUUUACUUGUAUGUUCGGGAUAAAUCUUAUAACUGUAAUUCUAUGCAGUUAUUCUCAACCGAUGGAGACAACAUUUUGCAAACACAUUUAGUUUCGACAUUCCAAAUCCAAUAUGGCGAACGGCCCACGAUGUGGGACGGAAAGAGUUUGUUGAGAACAAUACCAUAUACGAAUAAACGGAUGUCUGUGUAUAUCUUCAUAAAAGAGCAUUUAUAUAAAAGCUUGUAUUUCAAAAUGAUUUUAUACAUAUAUUUUUUUCUAACUUUAUUAUUUAUUAUCAAGUUUUUAGAUAGACGACGUAGCAAGAACACUUCUAGAAAUCACGUUUCUCACUAGUUCCACUAAGCUACUUAUUUCUCCUUUAGAAGAAAUCAUUUUAUGUAGUACUCAAAUGAUCAAUUCACAUAGUUUAAUGAACUUCUAAUCUAUUCUGUACUUUUAAGCCACUCAGAAGGGUUUGCAAACAAAUAGAUUUUAUGUAUGAGACACUGGCCACUUGUAAUUAUUUUGGAAACUUCGAUUAUUCGAAAAGUAAAAAUACCACUGUUCGAUUUUCGAAUUUCCCUUCGCAUUUUUUCGAGAGCUAAUGAAUAUUUUCUUGUCUCAUUGAAAAUGGAUCUGCAUCAAGAACAUUUUCGUGCUAUGGUUUUUCAUGAUUUUAAAUGUGGCUUAAAACCUGAUGAGUCAUUUUAUCGAUUUCGAACCGCUUUUAUAGAUGAACAAUAUUCAAAAGCAUCUACCGCUGGUGUAGCGAGUUCAAACGCGGUCGUCUUUCUUUGGGGGAUGAAAAUAGGAGUGGUCGUCCUACGACGGCUGUCACCGAAGAAAAUGUGCUGGCAGUAAAAAAAAAUAAUUCAAGAAAACAGUUGAAUUAAUUAAGUAGUAGUUAUCAGACGAAGAGAUUCAGCAUACUCUGCAGAUUGGUUCAGGGAAUGUUCACAAGAUUUCGCACGAGCACCUUUGCGUCAGGAGGAUAGUUUCCCGUUGGGUGCCGCACUACCUCACUGAAGCUCAGAAGUAGGCCCGUGUGGAUUAAUGCAGUGAUAUGAUACAAAACGAUAUAAAUAAUACAAUCAAUUAUUGGAAAAAAUAUAUACACGAUAUAAUACGUAGAUAGUUCAUAAUUAUUUUUUGUAACCUUUUUUUUCCUUCUCGAUUCUAACAAUCUGAACUCCUUUCAGUAGCUUGGGGUGAACAUUAUGGAAAGGUAAAGCCGGACCAAAAAACGACUAACGCGUGAAUAAGCAAAAUGACAUAUCAUAACUUGUAAAAAAACAUGUAAUAAAUUACAUAGUGUGUUAGUUUGCCUAUCCCAAAACUACGACGGAACUGUUAGAUAUGGUUCUUGCGUUGCGUUGUAUGCAGUUUUUUCAUGCGACAGAACAUGCUUGCUUUACAGUUAUUUAGUGUUCACCACCUUCACCGUACAUGACAUUACUGGUAUUAUAUGAACAGUGCAUGUCGAGUAUGAUAAAAGCGGCAUUUAAAAAGGCCGUUUACAGCACAGGUCACUCACACGCGGAUUAUAAAUAGGUAUAUAGACAAACAAAGAAUCAAAUAUAAGUGAAAUUGAACUUGCCAGCAUCAUCAUCAGAAAUAAAUACCAGCAGAAAUACCGCAAGUAUUUAUUUAUGUUCUACAUAAUAAUACAUAGUAUCACGUCUUUAUCCCUUACGGAGUAGACAGAGCCUAAGGCCGUGUGACCCCAGACUACGUUUUAUUUCCGAACGAUUGUUUUGAUAACGAAAUUAACUCAUUUUAUAGGUAAUCUGUGAGACAAAAAUCUAUUUGCACGCUACCAUUCCUACGUGACGCUAAGAAACAAAAAAAAAAACAAACAAAACUUUACGAUGAAAUAAAACAAACACUUUACUUGGCAAGUAAAAUUUCACUACUUUCGAUUCUUUUGUACUAUAUACCACAAUCAAGCUAAUCACUUAUCACAAUAGAUAAAUUAGCAUACGAAUAAUGACCAUGCGAAUGCGCGCGAAAUAAUGACCUUUGCCUGUGGCCUGUCAAUGAUAAAUUACUCUGAUUUUACAAAAACUUUCAAGCGAAACGAAACCUUAAACCAUGACAAAUAAAGCUUGCAGGCUAUCUACGAUCGGCUUAUAAGCGCUGUUAUAUCGACGAGUGGUUGCAUGUGAUAGUAAUCUGUAUGUCUGUGUGAAGUGCUUUCAUUUUAAUAGUUUUAAUUCCCAAUAUUAUUUCCGAUUUCUCCAGCCUACUACCGUAGAGCGGACCCAUGCGUGCGUGUGCGCGAUUUCAAAUACAUUGCGUAUUUUGUAUUCAGCAUAUUGAAUAAUAUUUUUACAAAACGCGCAAUGUUAUUAUGUCAUUUGCAUUAACCUUUGAAUCUGCCGAAGGAAGCCGGCAGGAAUCGUGUUCUAAGGAGGCUUCACCAAUGACUCCUUUAUAUGUUAUAGUGGAAACUUUACUGAUGUAUGUUUUCUCAAUUAGAUCUAGGUAUAAGUAUUAUUUCAUUGUUUGUUUCCAAAAUAAAGAUAAAAUAAAAAUUGAUGCAGGCUCUUCACGGCGCUUUUACGAUAUUGUGACAGGUAAUGAACCCUGGAUUUAUCAAUACAAUCCAGAAACAAAACGUCAGUCUACAGUUUGGCUGUUUCAAAAUGACCCAAUGCCUACGAAAAUAAAAUGAUCGAGGAGCGCAGGGAAAAUUUUGAUCGCUAGUUUCUUCACCUUGGCGGGGUACCUAAUUUCAAUUCCAUUUCGAGACCAAAGCAGCAUCAACGCCCAAUGGCACAAAAUGUCUCCCAGAAAAAAAUCCACGCGGACCAG